AUGUCUUUCAUAGGGCUUCCCCCGGAGCUUGUCAGAGAGAUCGGUUGUAUGCUCCCUCAAAACCAGCUCGUUCAUCUCAUCAGCGUCAACAAAAAGUGCCGCACGAUAUGCGUCGAACUUCUGUAUGAAUCAAUCGACAUCGCGGGGCCACAAGGAGAUGAGCUCGAGCGCAAGCUGGUGUCCUUAAUGCACACCCUCUUUGCGUCAGACUCUCUGCGCAGGGUGGUGAAGUCAAUACACUUGCACCGGGUAGCUGAGGCCCGCCUGACCGAUCGAAAUCUUUGGUCCCCAUUCCAUCGCCUCCUCGGUCAACUACCGGCUUUGUGUACUCUAUCGUACAACUCCGAUUGGUAUGCGCGAUAUUGGGAAUCCAACGAAUCCAAGCUCUUCCAGUUUCUUUGGAACCCAACGGAAUCCGAGCGGGGAAUCGCUGUCCCGUGUAAUCUGGAGAGGCUGGUGUUGAGGGCGAGGCUCAACUCUAUUGCUCUUCACUCUAUCAUCACAAAGAAUGCAUCUACCCUCGAGCAUGUUGUGACGAGAGAACCCCAGCCUGCUACUCGCCAUCACCUUCCAUCGAUUCCACCGAGUCCACCUUGUGCCCUCCCCAAGAUGCGAUACUGGCAAGCGGACGUCACUGUCUCUGCUGAUUUCUCGGCCGCAGAGCCCAACAAGGCCAUCAUCCUGAUUGGCGUGGGAAACAAUGGGCAUCUUGAACGGGCUCUCCACAAUUUUUCCACAGCCUCUGAGCUCUGCAUCGUCGCCGGUUCCACCACCUUCGCUUCCUUGGGCACAGCUAUUGCGACCAAUCCAGGGAUAGAUGACAUGUACACUCAUCUCCGAGUCUUGUGUCUGGGAGGAAAAUGGGAGUUGGGCGAUGAGUGGGUGAGUGUGGCAUCUAACCUUUCACGCUCAAUUGGCUUGAGCUGA